AUGACUGCUGAUUGGAAAAAUAGCUGUUGUCCAUUAAAUCGUCGUAUCAAACGAAAGUGCAGGGAAAGCUUGGGCCAAUUUCCUGUAAUGCCAUUCUCUCGUUUACACCAGAAGAGAUCUUUUCUGCCAAAGUGUAACAAACAGUGGUAUUUUUUAAGUCCUUGCCACCGGAAGUAUCCCAGUGGUUCACUUGCUAAUAGGGCUACUGAAGCUGGGGCAGACCUCCAUGUGGAGAAAAAACUGAAAAAGGAAUUCAAGAUAGGAGCUGGUUUGCAGAAUGCUUUUGUAUUAUGCCAUGUUCUCAAAAAGAAUGAACUUCCAGAAAAAAGUGGUGGAUUGCAAAGUGCAGAAAUUGAGAAGUGCGAUUCAUCUCCUAAAAAUAGAAAUCCCUCCUGCGAUGAAGACAAGUCUGAAGACAGGUCAAAACAACUAGAAGAGGUUCAAAUAUAUUCAAGUUUACCAAAUAUUGCAGAAGAUACUGCUGGACCUAAUAUGUGGUUAGGACCUGGCAAGGACACAAUUAAUCAACAGGUUGAUUCGAUGGCAAAUGGUUUACGAUCAAAUUGUGAGUUUGGAUGGCUUCCAUCAAACAACAAUGAGUUUCCACAAGUUCCAGCUGAUAUAAGCUUUACGAGGCCUGAAGCUACAGAUGGACAUUUGACUGGUGAAGAAAUGGAUGAGUAUAUUGACGAAGCAAAUAUCAUGGAGGAAAUUCUGCGUGCAUGUCAGGAUUCCCAGAAUUCUAAUAUGGAUCAUUCUUUCCCUCAGGAUAGCUAUGCUGACAUCUCGAAUGGUAAUUAUAUAGAACUUAAUGACUUUGAGAAUUGUGGUUCUUCCCUUUCGUUUGAUAGUGUAUUCAACAAUGGUAGUCCUGAAAUCCAAUUACGACCUCGCAGUCCAGCAUUGCAUAGUUAUCAGCAUGAUGUGUCAUCUGAAGGUACAUACAAAAGAAGAGUUCGCAUAAAGCUGUCCAUAAAAUUGAAGCUUCAGCAGGACCAAAUGAAAAAUUUGUAACCACAAACAUCAAUUGUGCAUCAAGUUGUUGUUGGAUAAUAUGCUAUGCGUGCAUAUAAAAUUAGUAAUAUCAAAUAUGUAGUUGGAAUUUUUAGAGAGAUUCUAAAU